AUGAGCAUACUGCUUCCGACGCCCAGCCGGAUAUCUCCGGUAUCCAUCCGGCGUCCAUCUGCCCUUUGUGGAGUUGUACGGGUCACUGUAAAAAGUAGUGCUAAAGGUGCUGCCAUCUGUGCCGCUUCCUGUUUUAUUGGUGGCCUCCUGGGCGGUUCCAAAGGUCUGGCAUUGGGAGGAACGAUUGGUGCUGUCAGUGCUGCUAUUAUGAGUAGAGGGCAAUUCCGUCCUGUUAGCGAAAUUAUUUUGCACGAAAUGAGUGAACGUGACCGAGAGCAACUCAAGGAUCGCGUAGUAUAUGCUGUGCGAGACUUCCAUCCUACCGAUAUGGGCGUGCUACUGUCGCUUCUUAUGGGUAAUAAGGAGGUCCAGAAGGCAGUACUCAAUACCGUAACGACGUUUAUAACAAACGAGAUGGAUAUGCAAAUUGUCGACUGAUACUGUAUUUACGGAUCAACACAUCAACUAGAGCAAUGGUAUGCACAGUAUUUGUUAACAAUGAAUAUUUGAAUAAUAAAAAGUUUAUAAAAAUGUUGGACUGAUGGUUGGA